CAGAGUUAGCAGUGAUGCGCUGUGAAUAUAAUAACAUCACAUAAUUUCACGUAUAUAUAACAUAUGAAAGUACUGACAGAGAAACCUACAGUCGGAAAAUCAAAUGAAUACAACUAAAAAUACGACAAUGCGCGUACAAAACAUUAUAUAGACCAGAAAAUUUUAUCUCCGUCACGGAUUAUGUGGAUAUGUUUGAAGCUGAUUAAUGAAUUUCGUAAAAAGAAGUCGGCAUUUAAAGGUACAUCGGAUGAUAACCUAAACGAUUGAUCACAUACGCAUUGUAUUGGUACUGAUAGCCUGUGUGGUUGAUCUAUGAUAAAUGCAAAUAAUGCUAAAUAAUUGUGACACUAUAAAAGCAUUCGCAACCCAACCUGCAACAUAUGCAGCAUUAAAGAUUUGUGCACAGAGACUUCAAAUAAUACAUACUGUGCGUAUGCUAACAGGAGAUGGAGGUUCGUGCGAAAUUCUGGAUAAUAAUUAUUACAUCUGCAACCGCAUUCAGUCCUACUGCAAAGGCACAGACAAAUACCUUGACAGAACCACAGACAAAUACCUUGACACGACCACAGACAAAUACCUUGACACGACCACAGACAAAUACUUUGACACGACCACAGACAAAUACCUUGACACCACCACAGACAAAUACCUUGACACCACCACAGACAAAUACCUUGACACCACCACAGACAAAUAGGCCCACCUUGACACCACCACAGACAAAUAGGCCUACCUUGACACCACCACAGACAAAUACAUUGUCACCACCACAGACAAAUAGGCCUACCUUGACACCACCACAGACAAAUAGGCCUACCUUGACACCACCACAGACAAAUACAUUGACACCACCACAGACAAAUAGGCCUACCUUGACACCACCACAGACAAAUAGGCCUACCUUGACACCACCACAGACAAAUAGGCCUAUAUUGACAACACCACAGAAAAAUACCAUGACACCACCACAGACAAAUAGGCCUACCAUGACACCACCACAGAAGACAUCUACGGGUUUUGCAAGGACAACUUCGAGCAUUACAAAAUAUACGACCACAACGGAGCGGCCACCGGAUACGACAACUUCGAGCAUUGCAAAAUAUCCGACCACAACGGAGCGGCUACCGGAAACGACAACUUCGAGCAUUGCAAAAUAUACGACCACAACGGAACGGCUACCGGAUACGACAACAACGAACAAUGCAAAAUGUACGACCACAACGGAGCGGCUACCGGAUACGACAACUACGAACAUUGCACAGCAAUCGACAAAUUCAAGUAGCAAAGAUCGGCCAACAAGUACAAGCAGACUGACAACUCAAGGUAUCGAGAUAAGCAAAAACGCAUCAAAGGUGAGCAGCAACGACACUAUUGUGGACUCCUUUGGAAAGUGUAGCUGCAGGGAAGGACUUUGCAUUCACUGGCACGCCGUGAUACUGAUUAUAUCCCUCGUUGCCGGAUCGAUCGUCCUAGCCAUCUUCAGUGGUGGCAUUCUCAUCGAAAGAAAGGUGAACAAUAGGAACCAGGUCGCAUCGGCCGGGCCGCACAUGCGCCGACCCUAGGCGUUGUGCACAUAUAUGUAGUGUUGAUGAUCAAACAUGAAUGAAUGGCUUUACAUAAACUACAAUAUAACCUCAGGGACAAUGAGUGGUACCGUCUUCUGAAACUAUCAAUAAUUUAUUUGUUAUUGACUAAACUAUAUUGCUGUUAAAACAAGGUACGACAAUAAAUCCAUCAAACGGGUUAUAAAUGACUAAACAAUAAUAUACAGUCUUAAUUACGUUUAUAUGUUAUGUUUGUCUGAUACUAUUAUGUGUCGGAUGGCAUGUAUACAUAAAGUAUGAACAUGUUUGAACAAGAAACAACGAAAA